AUGACCCCGACACCUGGAAAAGGCCGUGCCGUGAAGCGCCGCUGGCCUACUGACGACAAUCCGACGGAUUCGGAAGAGGAAGAACACCGUCAAACAACACCCGUUUGUAAGCAGUGCAAUAAGGCUAUCUACUGCGAUGCGCCUUCCGGGCUCGCACGGCACUCGUCGAGGCACCUCUCCUUCCGACCCUGGAAGUGUUCUGUUUGCGCCUGUACUAAGAAUCGGAAAAGCAACCUGCAACAGCAUCUGAACGAGCGACAUCAAGGAAACGGCCGGGUUCUCGAUAACCGCACUGCUGAAUACUACGAUGCGCUCGAGGCGAAGACGAAAGCCAACUUUCCGUGUCACUCGAAUGCCAUCGCUAGAUACAUUGGAGGUCUGAAGGAGGCAUUCGGAUUUCAAGAUGCAUCUGAUCAUGAAGAUGUCAAUCCGCACGACGGUCGAAAAAUCCUCGUCUGCAAGGAAUGCCGACAUUCGAUUGCUGCAACUAGGACUUGGAAUCUGGCUCUGCACUCGGUGGUGCACCUCACCUUCCGACCCUGGAAGUGUUCUGUUUGCGACUUCACUAUGGCUCGGAAAGGCGAUCUGCAACAGCAUCUGAACGCGCACCAUCAAGGAAAUGGCCGGGUCAUCGAUAAUCGCACUGCUCAAUACUACGAUGCCCUCAAAGCAAAGGCGCAAGCUAACUUUCCUAGCCGCGCAAAGGCUAUCGCCAAGCUAAUUGGAGGCCAAAAGUACGGAUUGGCAAUUCAGGAUGGAUCCGAUGACGAGGAUGACACUCCAGAAGACAACCCACCAAUUGUUCAUCUCCCAGCUCCUGGCGGCCAAAGUCUCGACGUUCGGCGAAACGCGCAGACAAGUCCGGAAGCCGCGUCGUCAAAUGCUGAUACGCUGAAGCAAGAAGUGAUGCCAGACGCUGUUCCACGACGAUCCAAAGAGAAAUCGACUCAUCGAACGAUGGCCGAUACUCCACGCGAAGUUAAACAAGAGCCACUAGAUGUCGAAAAUUCUUCAUUUGAUUUUCAUGUCGUAAUGGACGGAGGUGAGGCGGAUGCUCAUGCUGAUACUCAUGCUCCAACCCGCCACCACAACGUGCAAAAUAUCCGGAAUGGUGACAAAGACCAAUCAUCCUCGCCUACCCUUCAUCCAAUCGUUGUCAAAGAAGAACUUCUAGAUGAAAAUCCAACCGAAGAGCCGAGACGACUCGAUAAGAAGAAGAAGAAGAUGAAAAGAGGCCAGGAGGACUGGGCAGCCGAGCCCGUGCCCCAAAUCGACACUGACCACAGCAUCGACAAGCGCGUCGAAAAGACCAUUAUGACAAUGGAGCUGGGAGGUGCGAAGAUUUCCUCGGAUAUGGCCAGAAUGCGCGCAGCCAUGAGGGAGACGAAAUCUGACGUGGCUCGCCUGCAAAUCAACAUCGCACUCCUGGAGACCCUCUCGGAAACGCGGAAUGCCGAAAAUCGCCGUCUGAAGCAGCAGAACGAUCAGCAAGCCGCCCAGCUGAAGAUGCUCAGGGAAGAAAUGACGGCGCUGAGGGAGCGCAUCCGCAAUGGC